UGUUACAGUAAUCUCUCCCUUCACUCUUUACCUUCACUUUUUACUUUUCAACUGACAUCAUGUAUUGUUCCGGUUUUCUUCUUUUAACUUGAAACUGAGCCUCUUUAUAGGAAUCAACAUAUCCAGUCAUUUGUCUAUCCCAAAACUUUCACCAUGCUUGGCCAUCUCUUUCCCGGUGAGCCCUAUUCCACACUGUCCAACACACCUUCCUGGAUCCCAGCUCCCCACCCUCAGCACUUUCAAUUUCGCUCACGUUCUGAGUCUGUAGACUGGAGGCGUCUUGCUGCCCUUGAUGUGGACCGGGUUGCGCGGGAAAUAGAUGUCGGUGUGCUUCAGGAUUUCAUUACAACUGUAACGUUCUGUGAUGUGGUGGGUGAGCGUUGUCCGAACUGCCGUGGGCCUGCUGAUCCUUCUUUGAUCAAACUGCUCCGUAUGUCCCAGCUGAGCACAGAGUACCUGCUCCACUGUCAAGAUUUCCUGGGUUCACAGCUAUCAGGACUGGAGGAGCGUCUGCAGGGGAUGCUCUCUCAGGCCCAGCGAGAGGGAGAACAAAGAGUAGAACUAGAGAAAAAACUGCAAGAAACCAAGGUGGAGAUGCGGCAAAAAAAGAAGUUGAUCUCCACUCAACAGCUCCUCCUGCAGGCCAGCUCUAAUAAUUUUCACAAGUGCCAUUUCUGUGAAAAAUCAUUUGUUAAUUACUCCUACUUACAAGCACAUGUUCAGCGACGACAUCCCGAGGUCACAGAUGCAGAGAGGGAGAAGAAGAGGCAGGUAGAACAGAUGGAGGAUGGGAUAGAAGAGCUGAAAGAGAGACUAAGAGUGACACAGAUGCAGCUACAGGCAGAGAGAGAAAUGGACAGUUUGAGGCAACACCAGGAGCAAGAGAAGCAACUAAGAAGAGAACAGUUAGAGAAAGAAGCUCUGGACAGAUGGAAAGAGGAGGAGAGAAGAAAUUUUCAGCAGGAAAUUGGGGAGCUGAGACAGCUGUUUUUCCAGGAGUCUAAAGAUAUGGCAAGCAAGAACUCAUCCAUAGAGGCUAAACUAAUGGAGUUGCAAAAUAGAGAGGUGGAUGCAUUAAGCAACGUUUACAAGAACAAAAGCUUUCAAGAAGAGAGCAACCAUGAGAAAGAAAGAAGAGAAAACAGAGAGAAAGAGCUAAAAGAGAGAAUGGUCCAGAAGAAAAGAGAAUGGAGGAAAAAGUUUCAGGAAGCACAGGAAAGACACCAGCAGGAGAAAGAGGAGCUGCAGAGUGAGAAUGCCAGGCUUCUGAAGGCCUUGUCUGUGAAGCAGAACGCUGGCUCCAGUCUACAGAAACUCCAACAGCAGGUUCUUUCUCUCUCUUCUCAGCUGAGACAGAGGGACAGACUCAUCAAAUCUCAGGAGGCAAAGAUUAAAAAACUGUCAGCCAUGCCUGUUGCAGUUCCAGUGGUUUCUCAGAAUGCCAAAGAUUCUCCUGAGGAAAAAGAGGAAGAAGAUGGAGAGAGCCUGGAGGACUCAGGAGAAGCCCAGGGGAAGAUUCUAGAGUCAUUCACUGAAAACCCAGAACUGAUGAGAGAGUUUAGAACUAUCGUAGAAGAAUUUCUGGAGGAAAAACUGGAGAAAAUUGGACUGUGGAAGGGUACCAAGGGCAUCUCAAAGCAAACUUUUAAGAGUCUGAGUGCACUGUUGACUGGUCAGCGGCUGCAAAGGUCCAGAGAGCAGCCAGACCUUCAGAGCCUUAGGGACAACCUGGCACAUGAGGUCACCAUGCGUGUGAAAGCCCUACAGAAGAGCCAGGGGAAGUCAGCACCCAGCACUUUGAAACAGAGAGAAAAGAAAAAUUCAACCCCAGUGAAGAACAAAAGGCUUAGAUCCAGCUCAAAGCCAUCCAUUCAAAGGGCCAAGUCUCAGCAGUCACAAGCACUUACUCCAAUACACACCCCACACUCCAGAGCACCUCCUCAGGUUCAGACUCAACCAACACGGCAAAAAAAGAACAGCACACCUCCUUUCAGUUCGGAGGAGGACGAGUCAGUUGAGGACAGCACCUACAUCACCAGCUCUCGGGGCAAGCCCUCCCCCUCAGUGCGACUUGUCCAAUCAGGCUCACUGCUUAACCCAACUGCUGAGCUUGAUUGGUCGGAUAGCGAGGUUUCAGAGGCAUCAGGCUCACCCAAACUCCUCAAAGCUCACAGUCCACAUGGUUCUGUUGUCCAAUCUCUGACAAGAAGCUUGGAAAGACAGCUAAGUAAACCAGUCAAUAAGCCUGUGGGCGGGACUAGAGUUUUGCCACCAGCCUCCAACCCCUCCCCUCGCCCCACCAUUGUAAAGCAGCGAGCGCUAUCUGAUGAGGAGAGUGAUUUGGAGCUGUCUUCCAUAGAGGAGCUCAUAGCUCCCCUAGCAGGUGUGCAGAGGAGUUCAGAGGUGGGGACCUCAGGAACCAGCGCGUCAAACAAAUGCACAUUUUAACUGCAAACCGAACUUCUCACAUAGACUCACAUAAAAUACACAAAACAAAAGCCAUAAUUAAAGGGAUUUAUGCAAUAAGAAAUAAUUGUCCCCACAAAUUGCAGCCAAAUAAUCAGUUAUGACAUGCAGCCAUUACGUGAACUGUAAUGUAUAACCUUAAAGUACUUUGUUUUUGUAAAUGGUUCACUAACUUAAUGAUGCCAAAUGUAGUUCAUAAUGUACUUCAUUUUUAGCAGCCAAUCAAGAACACCAAUUUUUAUUAGUGUAUAUGAGCCAUUUGUUACUGUUACACCAUGUCCUGACCAGACACGUUGCGUUGCGAUUCUAGAAACAAGCAGUUUGUCUGCACACUGAAUGGGACAUGACACAGCACCACUCCGACACUUAAAUGACUAAUAAAAAAAUAAAUCAGAACAUGGCAGAACAGCAAAACAAUUAUGUAAAAAUAAAAAUAAAAAAUAAAACAAAAUCACACACAUCCACAGGGCAAAGAUAUCCUCACAUCCUAAUUUAGUUAAUUGUAAGUUUAUAACAAUUGUUAUUAUUCACACAGUACUACUCUUGUUAUACACUGUUAAGAGAGUGAGACCUAAGCAAAUCAGUUUGACACCCUCAGCCAAAACCAAGUUGUUUUAAACCACUAGUGAGAUGACGGCUUUAAUGUUCUGUUAUGAGAAGGACUUAAGACCAAAGAGAAUUGGUCUAAACACUGCAGAAAUAGAAACCAAUCGAUCGACAGAAUUUUCUGCCACUUGCCGUGGCUGGUUAGGACAAAAACGGAUUAAUAUUGAAAAACUUAAAAAUAUUUAUUGGGUGCUGUGGCAACAUGUCUGGUUAAGACAUGGUGUUAGUUGUUGCAUAAGUAAUG